AUGUUUCAUUUUAACAUCAGCCGUUUAUUUAUUUGUGCGCAAUUUCAGCGCUAUGCGUUAGCGACAACAAGCAGUGCACAUGCUGAAUACAAGCCUCUACCGUUACACGAAGCAUGGGCCGCUUCAGCGAAGAAGGCGAUGAAGGGCAAAGAUCCGAACGAUUUGGCAUGGCAUACCCCCGAGAACAUCCUCAUCAAACCCCUUUACACACCGCUGGAUCGUGAAUGUGAUAAGGACCGAGACACUGAGUUACCCGGCAAGUACCCGUAUACUCGAGGUCCCUACCCAACUAUGUACACUCAAAGACCGUGGACAAUCCGACAAUACGCUGGUUUCUCGACUGUCGAAGAAUCCAAUAAGUUCUACAAGGAUAACAUUAAGGCCGGUCAGCAAGGUCUUUCCGUAGCGUUCGACUUGGCCACUCACAGAGGAUAUGAUUCGGAUAAUCCACGUGUGUACGGUGACGUUGGUAUGGCCGGUGUGGCUGUUGACUCGAUUGAGGAUAUGAAGAGACUUUUCGAUGGAAUUCCUUUGGAUAAGAUGUCCGUGAGUAUGACUAUGAAUGGUGCAGUUAUCCCCGUUUUGGCUAUGUUCAUCGCUGGCGCUGAAGAAACUGGUGUUGAACGCAAGAAGUUGGCCGGUACGAUCCAGAAUGAUAUCCUGAAGGAGUUCAUGGUCCGAAACACCUACAUCUACCCUCCAGAUCCAUCGAUGCGAAUUAUCGGCGAUAUCUUCGCGUACACAGCCAAAUACAUGCCUAAAUUCAACUCCAUCUCAAUCUCCGGUUACCAUAUGCAGGAAGCAGGUGCAGAUGCAUCACUAGAGAUGGCGUUUACUAUUGCUGAUGGUAUCCAAUAUUGUCAAACAGGUUUGGACGCCGGCUUAAAAAUCGACCAAUUUGCACCACGAUUGUCGUUCUUCUGGGGUAUCUCGAUGAACUUCUAUAUGGAAAUUGCUAAGAUGCGUGCCGCCAGACGUCUGUGGGCUUCACAGCUGAAAAAACGUUUCACUCCGCAGAAUCCUCGAUCGAUGAUGUUGAGAACGCAUAGUCAAACGUCUGGAUGGUCACUCACUGAACAGGUAUCAUUCAUCUCAAAUCCAUAUUCUGUGCUGCCCAGAAUUAUCAUCAUCAUUGUCGUCUCAAUUGUCAUCUAUAUUUUGAAUGAUAUUUGCAGAUAUGCAGCCACAAUUCGUAUGGUUAGCGGCGCUUACAAGUCAGCAUACGCUAAACAAGACGAAUUCAACAAAGUCGUUGACCGAGUGAAGCAAUUCGCCGACAAGGAAGGUCGUCAGCCACGUAUUAUGGUCGCUAAGAUGGGACAAGACGGUCAUGAUCGUGGCGCAAAAGUUGUGUCAACUGGUUUUGCAGAUCUUGGCUUCGACGUUGACGUGGGACCACUGUUCCAAACUCCACAAGAAGCAGCUCAACAGGCCGUCGAUGCUGAUGUUCACGCUGUUGGUGCAAGCAGUUUGGCUGCCGGACAUCUUACGCUCGUACCGGCACUUAUUCAGGAGCUGGCCAAGCUCGGAAGACCUUCAAUGAACAAUCAUAAUGAAGCGAAAGCACGGUUGAUGAACGCCCAUUUCAGUGAUAUUCUUGUAUUUGCCGGAGGUGUGAUUCCACCACAGGACUACGAUGCACUCUACAAGGCUGGUGUAUGUGCCGUGUUCGGUCCGGGUACACGUAUCACCGACUGUGCUAUGCAGGUUUGUUUUGCUUCGGUUUCAUCAUCUUCAAUUCGUUCUGCUGUGAAGAAAAUUGAAGUAGCAAUUUUUAAGAUUGUCAACAAAAUCGAAGAGAGUCUUGAACAAGGCAAGAAGAAAGCUCAAUCACAGUGA